AUCUCCAUAUUCAAUUCAUGUACACAGCCCCCUUGCAAAUUUAGAGAGAUCAGAAAUAGUGCCUUUGACAUAUGUCCUCCCUUUAUUCGCCCUCAAUUCCGUAUAUACUACUUGUAUCAUUAUACGUAUCCAUACUCACACCAAACGUACGAAUCCAAACCCUACAUAACAUAGAUAGAGAGUGAGAGAGAGCUCCUCAUUACAUUGAUGCAGCAUAUAUAUGGGUCCAUUGUCCUCUUAAUGAAUUCAAAUCUUUUUUUCUGUAAAGACACGAUCCGGGUCUGCCGCUCCUCACACCACUCUCCCCCCUUUCUUCAAAAUAGACGAGGACAAGUAAAGAUAUUCAAAAUAGAGAGGAGAUGGAAGAUCAAUACGGCAUGGGCGAUCUGCGGCACUACACGAGCAGCCGCCCUUUGUUUCCACCGCCGGACUCGCUAUCCAGCCACCCGUACGACAUGCUCAUCUUCCCCUCAGAUUCCGGUAAUAAAGGAGGUGGUGGCGCGGCCGCGCACUGCUACAGCGGGUUCGAGAGUGCUGGGAGAUGGCCGCGCCUGGAGACUCUCACUCUCCUGGAGAUCAGAUCGAGACUCGACCCCAAAUUCAAGGAGGCCAACCAAAAGGGCCCCUUGUGGGAUCAAGUCUCAAGGAUAAUGUCCGAGGAGCAUGGAUACCAGAGGAGCGGCAAGAAAUGCCGAGAGAAAUUUGAGAAUUUGUACAAAUAUUACAAGAAGACGAAAGAAGGCAAGGCCGGAAGACAAGACGGCAAACACUACAGAUUUUUCCGACAGCUCGAAGCCCUCUACGGCGGCGAAGCUAACAUUGGUCCAACUUCAAAGCUCUCGGACACGAGCCUCAGCCUCUCGAACUACUCGGACGCGGACACGAGCUCGUCCGACAGCAGCGACUGGAAGGCUAAAAUUAGCGAUUUCAUCGACACGCAUAUGAGGAAGAUGAUGGAGAAGCAGGAGGCGUGGAUGGAGAAGAUGAUGCGGGCGAUGGAGGAGAAGGAGAGGGAGAGGGCGAUUAGAGAGGAGGAGUGGAGGAAGCGCGACGCGGCGAGGGUAGAGAGCGAGCGCGAGCUCUGGGCGAGCGAGCGCGCGUGGAUCGAGUCGCGCGACGCGGCGCUGAUGGACGCUCUGCGCGGCCUCGUCGGGAGCGGCAAUUAUGUCAGCAAGAAGAGCAAAGAUUAUCGCGGGAAUGUAAGCUUGAGUCCGAAUCAGGAUCCGAAUCCAAAUCCGAAUCCGAAUGCGGCGUCUGGCAUUAGCGAGAGCUGCUUCAGGUACUUCAUGGAUGCCUCAAUGAUUGGGUGAAAAGCUAACUACUUUUCUUCCAUCGCCUGCACUUUGUAGUAAUAUUAAGCUUUUGAUUUUAUGUGUCUUUUUUUUGGGUCGAUUUUUUUUCUGUUGAAUGAUUGAAUUACUUUCACCAGGGACUUAUUUAGUUUUACUUUUACUAUUAUUAUUAUUAUAAUUAAUGGGAAUUUUAAGGUUUAUUGGAGUG